AUGAAAUCUCUUUUUGCAAUAAUUAAGACAAGAGAUGAAGAUCGUAAAAUAUUGUAUGCAAGUGAAGAGUAAUUUAAUUUGGAUUAAGUAUUUAAUAUAAGAGAUGGAGAGAAUUCUGACAUAGUUACAUAUAGAGAUAAAAUUACACAAUUCUUUUAGUAAUUUUAAUAUUGUAAAUCAAUAUUCAAUUUAGAAUAGUUGGACUUAUACAAAAAAGCAAUUUUCUUGGUUAUUCAACUAACUUUAUCAUUGAUUUUUUCUCAUAAGAAAGAAAAGCAUAAUGUCAUGAAUUAAUGAUAGAAGAUUUGAUAUUCUAUAUUCAAACUAUUAAAGAGCCUGUAUCAAUUACUUUAGUAUUGGUUAUAUAGAAGGAAAGUUAGUACAAUUCUUAAUAUGCUACAUAUUGUUUAACUUUUAUAAAGAAAUGUUUAUAAAAAAUUGAAAAAGAAUCCAAAGCUUUAACUAGAAUGUCAAAUCUAAUCAUUCAAAAUGUAAUAAGAUAGUAUAUAACAUUAGAUAAGUUAAUUUGAGAAAGAGAUUAAUGCAUAAAUUCCAGAAUAUGAGAAAUAGAAAUGUAAAUCUAUUUAAGUUAGGGAUAAUGUGACUAAUAUUGCUAGAAAAUAUUUGGAUUCAUGUGAAUUAAGAAGAAAUUUAAAUUAAUUUUGUUAAGCAUUUGUAAAUAGAAAAAUGAUUAAUUUCUUUUAAGUAUAAAUCAUUAUAUAUACAUAUAUAAUUAGAUAUAAAUGACACCUCCAUAAUAAGAUUUAAUGUUAAAUCCUAUAGCCAUAGUAAUUAAACCAUAUUAAACCUUGUUGGUUGCUAAUUUUAUUGGAAAAGAUGAUAAUACCUAUAUUUCAUAAAGAUUUUUGACUUUCAUUCAAAAAAUGUAACCUACAAAAUCAUUUCAAGAAAUGUCUAAUUUAUACUAUUUUUCAAUNUUAAGAGAUUUGAGAUCAAUAAUAAAUGAAAUCCUGAUAAUGUCUGUUUUAUUUAUAAAUCUAUUAUUUACUUUUAUAAGAUCACCAAUAAACUCUAAGUUAUAAUCACUCAAAUUAAGAAUCAAUUGUUCUUCACAAGCAGUUACUAUCCUACAAUAUUAUCUUAAAUCUGUUAUGUAACCUUGUUAAAUAUUUGAAUGUCUUUCUUGA